AUGGCCCAGCGACUACCGCCAGUCGAAGGUUUCCUGGUGUACGAAAAUCCAGGCGAACAGCAUGAAUUCGCAGACCAGGCAGUCAAGUUCACCAGCGCGUAUCUGUCACCACAAACAGCAUGUUUCCGUCUCACUUUUACAAUCCUGGGUGGCGAGCACAACAAAACUGUCAUAUAUCUGCAAAUUGCAUCUGACAAUCUCGAUUCGUUCCGUUAUGAGACCUGCAAAUUGAAGGACGGAGGACUGCCUCACCUAGACGAAGUGCGCAGGCGGUUGGGCCGAAAGGGCGGCAGGGGCGACCUAACUCACCUUCGAUUCCUCUUGCGCAAUGGCAUCCACGUACAGCGCAUUGUACCCCAUACCCUUCCCGACUACGAGGCUCUCGACGACCCAUCUCGGCAUGUCCUUGACACUGUUGCAUCGAUUGCGGCCUCUCCGUCAUUCUCAUUAUACAUUCCGGCCAAUCGACUAUCCAGGAACUCGCUCAACGUUUGCGUCGAAGCUGUUCAGCGAUGUUCGGUGUUAACAAAAGAAGAGUUUCUGGUGUAUCAACGAGCGGUCCAACUGCAGAGGCUGUACGGUGGCGACGGUGGCAGGAUGCUUGCCGUCCAUGAAGACGACGCUGCCGUCGAUCGUGAUCUAGCCGUCGACGACCACGAUAGUAGCUCCCGACAAGAGACCGAUUCGUGCGCGACAUUGGGCUUUGACGUUGUUCCGCGUGAUCAGAACUCUCCUCCGCAGUAUGACGAGGGCUCCGUCGAUGUGAAGAAGCCCAUGGCGAGGCUGGCUGACACGGCCCACGUCGACAACUCCGUUAUUGAUUUUCCGCCGCCGGAGUAUGGUGACAUCGAACAGGCUCGCGACACGCCGAUGGCUCUCAAGCGCGUGCGCCAAUGGGUGGAUGAAGAUGGGUCUCCGCACCCAAGUCCCAAACGUAUGUUUUCACUGGGUUCAUGUGUCGCGAUAUCUGCCUCUGCUUCAGUAACGAACGCGCGACGACUUGAUGCAAAAAAGAGACUCGAUCUUGAAAAUGCGAAUGUCGACAGCUACAUGCUGCUGCACGACUUAUCACGUCGACAAGAAAACCACCAAUUACGGCAUGAGAUCAAGCUAUUACAAGAGAAAGUCGAACAACUGCAACGGCAGAACAUGAGCUCUGAGAAACGUCAAAGCGAGGUGGAAGAGAUUUGUGAUGGUUUGGAGCACCAACAAGAUCUGGUCAAGGACGAGCUGGGGAAUUUCGAAGUCCAGAUUGAUGAGCUGGUAGGGAGACUUGGCGAGAUUGAGAAGCAAAUGCCAUUCCUUCUGGAGGAGCGGGAGGAUUUCAUGAGACAGACGAUUCGGGACAUGCUGCAAGAGGAUAUGAUGCGAGACCUAAUCGCCGACGUGGUCAAGGAACAGGCGGAUGACCGGUCAAGCGACUACGUGGGUAGAGAGGGCGAAGUCAACUUGCCUGGACCAGUGAGAGCAUAUUUGUGUACAAUCGUCGCGGACCAGGUGGCCAUGAUGAAGGCGAAAAUGCGCAAGGCUCUACGAGAGUAAAAAUUUGCUAUCAUAUACGGAUGUGCUGCAAGGGUGCAAAUUGUGCUCGCGACUACGCUGACUAGUCGUCACGCUCAUAACUGAGGCGAGCAGAUCGCGGGCAUUUCCGUGCAGUGUGGCGGGUGAGGGUAGACUGCACACGCGCGACUUCGCAUUGUCGAAUUCAUGCUUGUAGUUACCGCUCAAAUCACAUCCUGCUGCAACGCGUCAGCCAAGACUAGCGCCCUUUACGAGGGUGCCUCGUUUCCUACUAUGGGUGGUGUGGUGUGCUCGUCCUGGGGUUACAAGAUCAUGGCUCCCGAGGAAACCCUGGGCAUAUUGACGUGUUUAGACCGCAACGGUGCGUGGCACGUCUAGCACGCG